CAAAAUAUUAAAAAUACAUACACAUGUUUAAGAACUAUAUCUCAAGUACCUACAUAAUUACGAGUAUAAAUUACAUUAGGUUCCAAAAUGAAAUCAUUUAUCGUGUUUGCUACUACCAUUUUGGUUGUCAAUGCAUUAACUGACUUGGACCACUGGCAUUCUUUCAAGGCUAAACAUCUAAAAGUAUACAAAAAUAUUGUAGAAGAAAAACAACGAUUCAAUAUAUUCCAAACUAACCUACGUAUAAUCGAGGAACAUAAUAUCAAAUACAAUCAAGGUUCAACAGGUUACUAUAUGGGCGUAAAUGCAUUCAGUGAUCUAACCCCAGAAGAAUUUAGAACCAUUUUUUUACGCAAACAAGUCUUUAAACCAGAUGCUGAAAAAAAUAUAAAAUACGCCACAAGCCAUCUUCGUGUACCAGAGUCCGUAGAUUGGAGAGAUCAUGGAGCUGUAACUGAAGUUAAGAACCAAGGAAACUGUGUAUCUGGCUGGGCUUUCAGCUCCACUGGUGCUCUAGAAGGACAAUACAAAAUUUUGAACAACAUAUCUGUCUCACUCAGCGAACAACAACUCAUAGACUGUUCUACCGUAUAUGAUAAUGAAGGUUGCAGUGGAGGUUUAAUAAAACUUGCUUUCAAAUAUCUCAGAGAUAACGGACUUCAAGCAGAAGCUGAUUACCCCUAUAUAGGACAGGAUGGUCAAUGCCAAUAUGUUGAAAGCAAGCUAGUUGUGCCAAUGCUUUUUACUACCGUUCUAAUUGAAGAAUUAAAUGAAAAUGCACUUGUCCAUGGAAUUGCUUCUCUCGGACCAGUGUCGUUAUUUAUCAAUGCAGAAGGAAUCCAAAAUUAUGCAGGAGGUGUAUACGACGACUCUGAAAAGUGUGAUAAUUCCAAAGAUAGUUUAAACCAUGGCGUAUUGGCAGUGGGCUACAAUAUUACUGGCAAUUACUUUAUUAUCAAAAAUUCUUGGGGUGAAAGCUGGGGUGAAAAUGGUUACAUAAGAAUGGUAAAAGGAGUUAACAUUUGUGGAAUUAGUUUGGUUGGCUCUGUUCCAAUAAUUGUUUAGGAGUCAAUUUUUUUUUAUAGAAAUAUAAAUAUUUUUAUUUAUGCAUUAGUUAUUCAUAUAUCUUUAUUAGUCUUCAAUUUAUUGAAUGUGAGUUUAAAAACUCGUUUAUUCUUUUAAUAUCUGGAAUAAUUAAAAUUUAAUUGAUACAAUUGGGAAGGGCAAGUAUCAUUAAAGAUUAGGUUUUGAAUGAGUUUGUUUUGAAAAAGACUACAAUAAUUACCCAGGUACAAGUUUUGUAUACUUAUCUCAGUAAUACGUAAUAAAUAUGAGUUACCUAUAUAUGCAAAUAGGUAUUAAUUAUAUUAGAGUAGCGUCAAUAAAAAUUUUGCAGAUUACUAAAAUUAUCAACUAAACAAUUUAUUGGUUUAAACAUGGAUGUAAAUUGAAUAAAUAAUUUGCUAGGUAUC